AUGGGUGUAAGUAAAUUAGAUGUCUUGUACAGAAAGCUUCUCCUCACUAAACUUUUCAUCAGAGGAUGGGGAAAGCCAGAGGAUCUGAAAAGAAUAUUUGAAUUCAGAAAGAUUAUUGGAAACAGGGAAAAAUGCCAGACGCUGGUUUCGAAAGAUUACCCAGUGUUCAUUGACAAGGUUGAGGAGCAAUCCGACUGUAAAAUCCUUGAGGGGCACUUCAUUUCCCCGUUGGCUCAUUAUGUCCCAGGUAUCCUGCCAGUCGAAUCUCUUGUAGCAAGAUUUCAGUUCAUCAUACCCAGAAGAUGGAAUAGCAAGCACAGACCUGUGUGCAUUCAUUUAGCAGGCACUGGAGAUCAUCACUUCUGGAGGAGACGCACAUUAAUGGCACGCCCAAUGAUUAAAGAAGCCUGUAUGGCUUCCCUAUUGCUAGAAAAUCCUUAUUAUGGAUGUAGAAAACCUAAGGAUCAAUUACGGUCAUGUUUAAAAAAUGUCUCGGACCUGUUUGUGAUGGGAGGAGCUCUUGUUCUAGAGUCGGCAGCUCUUUUGCACUGGCUAGAGAGAGAAGGCUAUGGACCACUAGGGAUGACUGGAAUAUCCAUGGGAGGACAUAUGGCUUCACUGGCAGUGACAAACUGGCCUAAACCAUUGCCGUUGAUUCCGUGUCUUUCCUGGUCAACAGCUUCUGCAGUCUUUACUACGGGUGUGUUGAGCAAGGCAGUGAACUGGAGAGAGCUAGAGAAACAGUAUUUUACGCAAACGGUUUACGAAGAAGAAAUCAUUCAAAUGCUUGAAUACUGUGGAACGGAUUCUUUCAAGAUGGGACAAGACUUUGUUAAAAACUUCCCUGACAGUGUGGACAGUCUGGAGGAUGUGGACGUGACUUCCAGAAUGUUCGGCCUUGAUUCCUCAAACAAGACUGUGUCUAAAGAAGCUGUUCACAGCUUUACCACAAGUAAAAGUACUCUAAGUGCCUCAUCAGAAAGACUCUUAAUACAAGAUGCUCCUAAAAUGCAGUGCAUAAAUCAAACAUUUUCAACCAGUAGCAAUAGCAAUAAAAACUUAACCAGCCCACAAGGACACAGGAUAAAUAAAAGAAGGAAGAGUGACACUUUACAGAGAGAAUCCUUAAGGUUCAUGAAAGGAGUGAUGGAUGAAUGUACCCAUGUAGCUAACUUCUCAGUUCCAGUUGACCCAAGUUUAAUCAUAGUUGUGCAAGCUAAGGAGGAUGCAUAUAUUCCUCGAACUGGGGUGCGCAGUCUUCAAGAAAUCUGGCCCGGAUGUGAAAUUAGGUAUCUGGAUGGAGGUCAUGUCAGUGCCUACCUCUUCAAACAAGGACUCUUUAGACAAGCAAUUUAUGAUGCAUUCGACCGCUUUCUUCAGAAAUAUGCAGUUUAAAAAUCUUCAUAAUGUAUUCAAACUGAUCUCAUUUGUACUUCCGCUUACUGGAACUCACGUUUGGAAGACAAGCCUCUUGCAACGUUGAUUAGAUGGUCACUGACUUUGACUGUUGUAGGUAACAGUUAUCAAAAAUGGUAAAGUACCAGCAUUACUUCCAUUUCAACCAAAUGCCAUUCUGACACACUUGGUUCAGCUUUACCUGUGAAAAAACAAUGGCAGCAGUUGUUAGUGCAUGAAUGGUUCAUGUACUUCAUGUUUAAUCCCACUGUGUAUUCCUUUAAUUCUGAAUAAAUUCUGAGUUAUAUCAGCUGAAAACAGACCAAUCCAAGUACUGAAAGAAUGUAAAAUUUGCUGUAGG